AUGGGAACAUUCAGCAAAGCUCCCCUUAACGCUCCUUCAAAUGCAAACUAUGCUACACAGAUGCCCUACAGCUCUGUACCGGCUAUUCCAGGCGCAUCUACGAUGCACUACGGCUACCCUGCCCCACAGCCACCUCCAGGGCCCUAUCCACCCCCACCACCACAGGGCCUAGGCUACGCCCAGCCAGGCUAUUAUAAUUACCCAGCAAUGCCUCCACCGCCGAUGGCGGUGCCGAUGAUGCCGCAAUCCCAAAUGAAAGCUCUCUGA